GGUCAGGUAGGCACCGGGCCCGCAGAACGCCAUGACGACCCGCUUCCUCCAGCGGCCGCGGGGGUUCCCGGGAAGCCGGAGGCUGGGCCUAGGGGCGGGGCAGCCGGAAGGGCGGGGCGACAGCGACUACUUCCGCUUCCGCCGGGGAGGAAACCGUGCUGCUAACAUGAGUCGCUUCAAGUUCGUGGAUAUUGGUAUCAACUUGACAGAUCCUAUGUUCAGAGGAAUUUAUAGGGGAGUUCAGAAGCAUCAAGAUGACUUACAAGAUGUAAUAGAGAGAGCUGUCCAGAUUGGUGUUAAAAAGUUUAUGAUUACAGGUGGAAAUCUGCAGGACAGUAAAGAGGCACUGCAUUUGGCACAAACAAAUGAUAUGUUUUUCAGUACAGUUGGAUGUCAUCCUACAAGAUGUGAUGAAUUUGAAAAGAAUGAUCCUGAUCUUUACUUAAGGGAGUUGUUAAAUCUUGCUGAAAACAAUAAGGGGAAAGUUGUAGCAAUAGGGGAGUGUGGACUGGAUUUUGACCGACUACAGUUCUGUCCCAAAGAUACUCAGCUCAAAUAUUUUGAAAAACAGUUUGAACUGGCAGAACAAACAAAAUUACCAAUGUUUCUUCACUGUAGGAACUCACAUGCUGAAUUUUUGGACAUAAUGAAAAGAAACAGAGACCGGUGUGUGGGGGGAGUGGUGCAUUCAUUUGAUGGUACGAAGGAAGCAGCAGCCGCCUUGACUGACUUGGAUCUCUACAUAGGAUUUAAUGGCUGCUCACUGAAAACUGAGGCUAAUUUGGAAGUUCUGAAGUCAAUACCUAGUGAAAAACUAAUGAUUGAAACUGACGCACCUUGGUGUGGAGUGAAAAGUACACAUGCUGGAUCAAAAUACAUAAAAACUUCAUUUCCUACCAAAAAGAAGUGGGAAAAUGGGCACUGUGUAAAAGACAGGAAUGAGCCCUGCCAUAUAAUUCAAAUACUGGAGAUAAUGUCAGCAGUGAGAGAGCAGGAUCCAUUGGAAUUAGCCAAUACACUAUAUAACAACACCAUUAAAAUAUUUUUUUCCUGAUGGUAUGUUCUUUCCAUUUCCCAUCAUUUAUGUAAAAUUUCAUGGUAAAACCUACUGAAAGAUUGAAUAAAGGAAUUCUCUGGAAGUUGUCUUGAGUUAUUCCAUAUUACUACAUACUAUACCCCCAUUUUUAUCCAUCAAGUCAGAUCAGAAUUUUAGUAUCAAUUGAGGUCUUAGUUUACAACAAUGAAAAUUCCCAAAUAUUUUGUAAUCGCUUCAAAAGUCUGAAAGGACAAUUUUAUGUCAACACUGCAAACAGAAUGGCCAACAAAUAUACUGGUUUUAUUUACAUCAAAAUUAAACAAUUAGCACAUUCUGGUUUUUAUACCAAAGUUUAGUUGAUAAAAGCCUGUUUCUCAACUCUUACACAGUCUCUGAAUCAUGACUUUUGAACCUAGCUCAGCCACAUGCUACACUCAGAUUUCAAAAAAGUCUCUUCUGGCAGCCUAUUUUCUCCUUCGUUUUAAAAUACUCUACAUGUAUAGCUUUUAUCCUCUGGUCCAAAUUAUUUCCUUGACUUAAUGUGGUCUCCUCUGAUUUGCAUUUUCAUUUUCCCACCCAUUUUAAAGAAAAACUAGGGUCCAGAGUUAGAUACUUUUAUAUGCUUUCAUUGAGGAAUCUUUGGCACAGUUGACGCACUGUAUUAUAUCAUUACAUCUAUUAAAAAGCUGUUUGUUCAAAUUUUGUCAUAAAAACGUGAAAACAUUUUAUUCUAUGUACAAUAAUGUACACAAAUUUAAAUAGGUCACCAAAGAGACCAGAAGUAAUUAAAGAGGUAUAUUUACAGUAGCACAUCACAGUAAACGGAAAACCAUUCACAGAUUCAACAUGGAUACUGUUUUUGUGCUUGGUUACACACUGAAGUGAAGCAUAUUACUCCAUUUUGGAUGAACUGAAUUUUAAACAAAUAACCUCAAUGAUUAGUAAAUGCUAUUUUAAUCAGUAUCAUCAUUAAGUUCUUCAGCUGCUGGGCCUGUGUGCUGAAUCACUCCAUUUCUUUCUCUUUGAACAUCAUCAUCACAAUCUGUACUGUCAUCUUCAUUCAAUUCCCUGUCAGAUUCAGCAGCAGCUUCUCUUACAGCUUCCUCUGGAUUUUCAUUGGGUGCAAUAAAUCCAUUGUUGUUAGAUAUAUUUGAAUUAUCCUUAAUAUCAUCUUCGAUGUACACUUUCUGAUGGCACAUUGGACAAGUAUCUUGGAUGUACAGCCAUUUCCGAAGGCAAAGUGCAUGGAAGUAAUGAUUACAUGGUGUGAUGCGAGCAGAUGUUGUAAACUCAUGAUAGCAGAUUGCACAUACAUCAUCUAUUUCUUGUAAGCGGCUCCCUUUUAUUUCAGGAAGUGAAUUAAUUUUCUUAACAGCAGUCCUACGGUUCAUGAAUGUCUUCCAGCCAUUUUUUGCUUGUAAGUAGAUGUUAAAAUAUGCAUGUAGACACAUCAUACAAGCCCGAAUUUUACUUCCUGACUCAAACAUCAUAGUGUAAGCCCCAUUUCCAAACAUUACUACUCCAAAUAUAAAUUCAAUUAUAUUGCCUGUUGAACGAACAUAGUAGACAUAAUCAUCAAGCUUUUCCCAAAGGACAUUAUAGUAGCCAUCAAUCAUGAAUAACGUAUACACAGUGAGAGAAACAAUUACUUUUAAGCAGAGUUCCACACAAAAGGCUGUAACUGCGAACAACCAUGUAUUUAGUGCAUAGUGAUGCCAAAGAAUGUAACUGAGUAAAACAGGAAGAAUAAACAGGCAAGCAGAGACAAAGAGCACAGGAAAAUGUCUACGGAAAGAUGACACAUGAGAGGCACUGAGAGACAUUAAUACAGGGUCUGUCAUUCCGUGGAUGAAAUGCAGGACUGCAGUUAAUAAAAGGCACAUGUUUCUACUUAAGCGAAUAAGUCUCUCUUCUGGUCUUAGCCCACUUAAACCAGUCUGAAGAGCCAAAAUAAAAAAUAAAACAGGUGCUACGAAGCCAAGCCGCCUGUCGUCUUCUUCGGUUGAUCCAAUAAAGGCCAAUAUUCCAAGGCCCAAAUAAUGGGCUAUUGAGGAAAUUACAGCACUCAUGCCCAGUACAGUUAGUGUAGAAUCACAUCCACUAAUUAUAAGAUUGCAAAUGAGGUCCCAGAAGUCAUCCCAAGAAAUAAAGAAGGAAUCCGUUUCAUUUGCCAUCCUUAAAAUGUACACCAACACUGUAGCCUGAGCUGUAAUUCUCGUUAGCCAAAAGACUCUCAGUAUAUCUGGGAAACGAAUCCUCUUCCAUGUGUCCUCCAGUAAUAACUGUAAUCCAUAAAUUCUAUACAUGUGCCUCACCAAAAGAUAAACAUAUCGUGUAGAAUAAUAAAACCACUUAAGUUUCACUGCCAAGACAAGCACUGUGUUUAAUGUGAGAAUCAAGGAAGAAGUAAAAACUAAAGUCUCUCGGAUGUGUAAUGGGAGCUCUGUGAUUAAGCCUAUUACAGGAACCAAGAGAUCCAAAAUAAUUAAUUGUGAAUAGAUGGAAUGAAUUUGUAAUAGUGUAAUGUAUCCAAUUCCUAAGGUGAGCUGUAGAACGAUGAGUGCCAUCCACAGCGAGGGCCCUUUUCGAGGAAGCAGCUCAAUUCCGAAAGCUGAUGUGUUGUAGGCACCAUAGAAGUCAAUGUGCAAAGAAGCAUAAUAAUUUACCAACACUGAAGUUGCAGCUAAUAGAAAGGCUGAACUGUACAUGUAAAACUUGAAAAGUGAUCGUUGUGACAAGAUCAGAACAAUACUGGAUACAAAUAUACCUA